UAAUUUUUCUCCUUGGGCAGACCCAGGUCUCUUUCUUCCCACCUUUCCUUUCCCCCCACCCCUCCACCUCCUCUUUCUUCUUCAGCAUUACCAUCAGCGCCGUCCCGGCUGCUCGAAGCAAGCGCGCCUGAAGACAGCUGUAGAGACGUCUCUCCAUGUGCGGCUAGCCGGGCGAGGAUUAUUUUCCACACACCUUCCUUUGGGUGGGACCCGCACGCGGCGCACGCCGAGCGGGUUUCUGUGCCCAGCGGGCGCUUGGAGACGGGGCGCGUCUGUAGGCGGGAGUAGCUGGAGACGCGCCGAGGGCUGUGAUCUUGUCAAGGGGACACCGGCGGCUCUUGUGCUCCCUCCCCUGCGUCGCUUCUGCAAAAGGCUGCCUGUCUGUCGCAGGGCUGCUCCUCGCUCAUGGCUCACGGCAAGGCAAAGGAAGGGGAUGGCAACUGGAAGAAAUUUAUCUGGAAUUCAGAGAAGAAGGAAUUUCUAGGGAGGACCGGAGGCAGCUGGUUUAAGAUCCUCCUCUUCUAUGUGAUCUUCUAUGGCUGCCUGGCAGGUAUCUUCGUUGGGACCAUUCAAGUCAUGCUGCUCACAGUCAGUGAAUUUGAGCCCAAGUAUCAGGACCGAGUAGCACCUCCAGGAUUGACAAAUGUUCCUCAGGUACUUAAAAUGGAAAUUUCCUUCAAUCCUGAUAACCCCACAACAUAUGAAAAGUACGUCAAGCUCAUGGAGAACUUCCUGAAGCGUUAUGAUCCGGAAAAUCAGAAAGACACAGAUACAGAUUUUGAUUCUUGUCCAGUUGUCCCAAGUGUAUAUAUAGAGAGAGGUAAAUUUGAUGAAAGUGCCGGCACAAAGAAAUCAUGCAAGUUCCACCGUGCCUGGUUGGAUAACUGCUCUGGAUUAAAUGAUACUACUUUUGGUUACAAAGAUGGCAAGCCAUGCGUCAUCAUCAAGUUCAACAGAGUCCUGGGAUUCAGACCCAAGCCACCACAAAAUGGUUCCAUUCCAGAGGAGGUGAGAGGAAGAACCAAUCCUUAUCUCAUUCCUAUCCACUGCGCUGCUAAGAAAGAGGAAGAUAUUGACAAAGUUGGCAUUGUGGAAUACUAUGGCAUGGGUGGCUUUGCUGGCUUUCCUCUGCAAUACUACCCAUAUUAUGGCAAGCUCCUUCAGCCCAAGUACCUCCAGCCCCUUGUAGCAGUGCAGUUCAUGAACCUAACACAGGACGCAGAGGUGCGUAUCGAAUGCAAGGCCUAUGGUGAGAACAUCUACUACAGUGACAAAGACCGUUUCCAGGGACGUUUUGACAUGAAAUUUGACAUAAAAAGAAGCUGAUCACAGGCAUAGCUGUGUUUCUCUUUUUUCCUCUUAGCCAUGUAAAAGUUAAAAGACAAAGCCUACUAGUCUUGAACAAAACUGUCAUACGUAUGGGACCUACACGUAAUCUAUAUGCUUUACACUAGCUUUCUGCAUUUAACUAGGUUAGAAUGUAAACUUAAAAGUGUAGCAAUAGCAACAAAGAUAUUUAUUCUACUGUAAAUGACAAAAACAAAAUUGAGCCUUGGGACAUGCCCAUUUCUACUGUAAAUUAUGAUUCCAUAACUGACUUGUAGUAAGCAGUGUUUCUGCCCCCUAAGUAUUGCUGCCUUGUGAAUUUUAUUUAGUGUACAGUCCUAUAGGUGCAUUACUCUGGUCAUUUUUCAAGCCAUGUAUUAUUGUACCUGUUUUCUACUUUCUGUGAGCAAAGAUUUGCUGUCCAAGGUGUAAAUACUCAAUGGGACUAAAACUGGCAUGGUUCUUUUUAAUUAUUUUUUGCUCAUUUUUAAAAGGCAAAUGGCCCACAUGUGAGAUUAUUCAAUAGCACUCCAGUAGAGCUUUCCCCAUUCCCUGGUGGAUUUAGGAUUUUAUUUAGUGUGGUGACAAGAGAAAUCAAUUUGAGUCUGAAGCAAACCUAAAGAAUAGGUGAUUGUAUACUGUGCUCUGUAGUGAAUGCAGUCUUUCUUCUCUUUCCCCUCAUCCUCCGGUAUGUUGUGUGAGAGACCUGAGUCAGCCUGUCACAUUAGUCAGUGAUGGGAAUAAUUAUUUUGCUAUGUAUAUUUUCAUUUCCUGCUAGAGGCAUCACAUGCUGUGGUGCUGUCUUUAUUGAAUGUUUUAACCAUUUUCAUGGUGGAAGAAUUUUAUAUUUAUGCAGUUGUAUAAUUUUAUUUUUUUCUGCAAGAAGAAAGUGUAAUGUAUAAAGAUAAACCAAAGCCACAUGUUUGAAAAUAAAUCUUUAUUUUAAACUUUAUGAAAAAGCAAUGCAGUUACCCCAUCAACUGGUGUUUAAAUGUUGUCUAAAGUGCAAAACUCUAUGUUCUAACAUAUGUAAUAGCCAGGAGUACAGUGCUCUUGUUGAUCUUGUAUUUCAGUCAGGUUAAAACAUUGGACAAUAAAUGAAUAAACACAUCUUCCAUCCU